AUGACGGUCGUCCGAAGGGCAGGGCUUAGUGUUAACCAGUGUGUAGGGCAGGGUGUCAGUAGUAGUUCGUGGGGCACCUCGUGGAAGGCCUGCAACUCGCUCGCGUGCGCACCGACGGGGGUGGGGCGCGGAUGGGCGAGACAGAUCGCCGGACUUUUAUGGAUACACUCAGGGAAACCCAAGCCUCAGUCCAGAUGUGACUCUGCACCGCUGUCUAUUAGUCGCUACUGGAAACCGAAGCAAGCUGGAUCGGCUAAGAGAUUAGGUAACGGGAGGAGGUUCAGUCGCCUCAGACCUGCCCAAGAACUGCCAGCUUCCAUGGAUGUCCGUCGCGACUUCCGUCAGUUCGGCUUUCUUGCUAUGGAGACAUACAGUCAUAUCUUUUUCAUGUUCAAAUGUCAAAGGUACCCCUGCUGGCAAGGAAUAAGGUUCCAGGUUGUAGGGAACGUCGAUGCCCUCUUUAGCAACAAGAAGCGCCCCAAUGGUGGGGUUCGGGUGGAGACAAGAGAGCCCGGCUGGUAG